CUAACGAAAUGUUAAGCUCCGCAUCCUUGUCAAAGAAGUUCGUUAUUUUCUUGGAUCGAUGCUUUUCGAUUAUCUUCAGGGCUAGGGGAGAAAUGGCGUCGAGCACCAGGUACCCUUCAGUGUUGACAUUCAAUCGUCACGUGAAACAAUUUUCAUUUCGGGCCGAUGAGUAGAACCGCGAGACUUCGAGGCGAGAAAAUGCGACGGUCACACUUGUCAGUCAGUAAUAAUUUAAACUUUGGUGCAGUGUUGAUUGGUAACAGCGGAUUGGAAUGUACCGAAAAGUUAAUUUAAUUCAUGUCGUGAGCAGUGAGCCUUGAAGUUACCUUGAACGCAAAUAAUGGCUUCCCCAGCAGAGGAAGCGAUGGAAUCACGAGGAAACAACGAAGAGGAUCUCAAGAUAUUCGAAACACUUUGCAUUUCUUCGCCGCAAAAGAUGCAGGAAUCGGACGAUGCAAUGACGCAUGACGUGACAACGACUCUUAGAAGCGAACUUGCUGCCUUGGAAUACAAGCGGGACCGUCUUAUGACUGAUCUCCAAGAGAUGAAGAGUGCGGUGAGAUCUCGUGACCAGAGAGUGGUCGAGCUACAGGUGGAGGCUGACCAGCUUAGGGAACAGGCAGCGAGGCAGAAUGCAGUAAUUUCGAGUCUGAAAAAGCGGAUACAAGAACUUGAAGAACGUGAAAGAACUUUGUACGCCAGCCAGGGGAGGAGCGAAAUAACCAUUCAAAGCUUGCAACGGGAUUCCAAGUAUCACGAGGACAAGGUUCGCGAAUACGAGAAGAAGAUACGGCAACUCGAGCAUAACAUUAAUGAGGAAAUUCAGCUAAAAGAAAGAGCACGUCUCAAUUUACAGGAUUUUGUUCGGAGGUUGGCGCAUUCGCUGGGGGUGGAAUAUUGCGACAGCAGUCAUCACAGUCCAGACGUUGUAAUACACAAGGCAGAGGAGCUGGUCCAAGAAGUGAACCGACUUAGAUCGAAGAGCACAAAUGCAGAAUCUCACCUAAACAGCAUUGAGUCGGAACUUCGGAGUUGCAGAGACGCUCUGGAUCGCGCUAACGUCGACAAGGAUCAAGUGCAGAGACAAGCGGCGUCUCAGCUCCUCGACUUGGAGCGUCUCCGACAGGAAAAAGAAUGCGCCGAAAUGCAGUUGAGGGUCGCCGAGAGGGAUCUGAACGAUCUGAGAGACAAGCUCGUGAAUGCAAACAGGAACAUAACCAGUGCGACUGGAAAUAUUUCCAAUCAAGAGUCUCUGAUUUGCCAACUCCGAGAGGACUUGAAAUUACGCGAGGAAAAAUGUCAAAGGGUGCAAAAUGAGCUCAGACAUCUCCUCGAGUCUAUGGCGAUUCUCGUUAGCAACCCGAACAGAUUUGUCGAGACUCAUGAGAACGCUAUAAAGGAUCGAAUUCGCGAGAUCCUUACCGAGAACAAGGAUCAGCAGCUGAAAAUCCAAGCUCUGAGGGACAAAUUGAGCGUGGCACACGACACGGCCAAUCGUCAAACCGAGAUGACGGAAUCGACGAUGAUGCAGGUACGAUCGCUCGAGGAAGAGCGUGCAGCAUUGGAGAAUAAAAUUCACAAGCUCGAAUCAGAGCUGACAAGCUGCGAGCUUUCUCGAGAAUCUCUCCGCCGGGACAAGCAAACGUUCAUGGAUUUUCUCGAUCGACUUGGAAAAGCCAUGCAAAUGGACGAAAUCUCGCAGGAAAUUGGAAUCGACCUUCACACCGAGUCUCUUCUCGUACGCGCUGAACAACUUGCCAAAUUGGAAUGCGACAAGAUGGUAGACAAGCUGUUGUGCUGCAACUACACAACUUUUCCAAGGAUUCGUCGGGAGCGCUCCUUCCACGAACUGCCUUGUCUCAAAGAAACGUCGGUAGUUUACCAGCUGCAACGCCGUAUAAGAACACUGAGAGAACAACUCCAGCGAAGAGAUUUGCACUUGGAUCUUCUGCGGAGGAAAUUGUCUCUCCAGGAAGACAGUGUUCGCAUGAAGAACAUGCUGCAGUCUGAAAAAGACGAGGCCAAUCUUCGAGUGAAGAAGCUAAUGAAGCAAAUCGAUAGGCUUCAGAUACAGCUGACGGAGGAAAAGUCGAGGAACAGGGAGAUCAGCGGACAGCUCACCGAGGCUGCUGAUUACAAGAUAGCCGCUCUGGAACGAAGCAGGAAAAUUGAAGAGCUGCAAAAACGACUCGUCGAAAGCGAGAUGCUGCGGACCAGGUACAACCGGAAACUGACCAUGCUUAAGGACCAGAUGAGGACCGUGACCGAGACCGGUGAACAGGAGAGAUCGAUAAACGAUCACUCCCUGCAACUUCUCAGGGACGAAUUGGCCCAGGUCAAACAAAACCUGGCGGAGGUCACGCGAAGGGAGUCGCAAUUACAGAGCUUUCGAGUCUCCGUUGCAAAGUUACUCUCAGAACCGAUCUGCACACCGGACUACGAGAUCAUAUCGAGACUACAGAAAAUGGUUUCUGCACAUCGCGACUUCACGAUGCUCUCGAGAAGAUACGACGAACCUCUCGAAGCCAGUCCCUCCAGAUGCACAAGUAUUCACCCGGUGCAUCCCGUUCAUCCACCGAUUUCACCGGGAUCACGAUGCACGAGGUACGAUGAUAGCGGUUACACGGAUCCACCGGAUCUUCACGACAUCGACGACGACUACAGCAAGAGGCCGAUUCGUAGCAGCCUGCUUCCGUGACAUCGGUCAAAAUUUUAAGUUCUUCUUCGCGAAAACCUUUUCAUCUUUUUUUGAAUCGUUAAAAUUUUCAAGCUGCGCGUUAAAGCGAAUGGUAUAAAAAUUGUGAUGUACGUCGUAGACAAAACUUGACAAUGUUAGUUUUCUCUUACAAUGACUUACAUCAUGAGCCGAUGGAUGUAGUUUACAAAUUAGAGACGCGCGAGGAUCGCAGGAUAUUCUUAAUAUCUCGAGAAGCUAAAAAGCGAAAGCACAAGGAACGUAAAAAGAAAUUACUCAUGGAAAAGUAAGGGACUCAAAACAUGAAAUUUCAUUUCACUUUACGUGUUUCAAAUUUUCUCACAAAGCAAAUAUUCUGCUACCCACAUAGGGAGAGAAAAUAAAUUGAUCAAAUUUACCAGAUACAAUAAAUUGUCGAAAGAAAUGUUUUCUUAAUUCGAAGAAAUUUCGCGUCUCUAGGAUAAUACGAAUUAUAGUUCUGAUCAUUUUUUUCUUCGAUCAAACAACAUUUAUGUAGCCGUAUUGCAGAUCCCGAUACUUGGUAAAUUGAACAUAUUAUGUCUCUGUGUGUACGGCAAUCAUGGUAAUGAAACCGAUUGGUUCAAUACCGUAGUUUUAAACCGCGUACGAUACACAAUGGAAAAGAGGCGUAAUUUGAUUACCGCAAAUUUUCAUGUGUGCACCAGUUGCAGCACUUUCUGCAUAGACAGGUAUUAUCGCGUAUAGGUGGAGGUACCCUGCACUUGACUUGUUAUCGACAAACGACAUGUGUGUGUGUGUGUGUGUGUAUGUGCGUGCAAGCCUCUCCAUUUGUCGGUGAGAAAUUAAGAACAAUGCGGCAGUUGAAUGCAAUUCGAUUCUUGGGUGUGAAGUGCGAGAACGAAUUGUAUAUACAUGCGCAUAAGAAGCGCCAACUUUUUAUCCGGAACUGAUUCAAUAUGGUGUCAAAUGUUAAUCGCAUGUUAAUCAAAACAGUUUUACGAUUCUGAAGAAUUAUCUAUACAUAUAUACAUAAUUCUGUCUCUCAUAUUGUAUUUUAGAUCGUAAGUAUGAAUUAGCCUGGAAGAAAAUGUACGAUAAAAGAAAACUUAGCGUAGAUUAGCUUUUUUUUUAGGCCGAAAAAGGAAAGAAAUUCUUUUCCGAGAAAUGGAAAACGGAAGACUAUUGAUGGUGCAAUCUAAAAUAUUGACUUUGUUUUUUACAGAAGAGAACAUUUCAACACAGGUAUGUAUUAGAAUUACGAAUAGGCGUCUGUAAGAUUUAAAUCCAUAUUCAUUUUUAAAUUUAAAUCUAUUGACAAUUGAUCGAUUUCGAUGCAAAUUAGUUACCAUAAUCUGGCUGUUUGAGGAUUAUGGCAGAAAACAUUGAAUAACAAAGCAGACCCGAAUGGAAUGAAGAUUGGGAGAUGGUGUGAUUGAAAGUUUGCGAUGGUUUUUCAAAUUCUGGAGAAUCGAAGCUUCCAUAUAUUUGCAAAAAAAACAUAUCACAUAACAUAACGCACAGACGCAAUAAUUAUUGUGUAAUAACCAUUUUAGAUAAGGUGUAUAAGGUAUAAUAUAAACAAUCAGUGUUCUAAUUCGUAAAUUGCUUGUUUACGGAAAUGUAAACGAGCAUUUUUUACGCGAAUUAUGCGAUAUUCAAGUGUUCAAAGGUAUAAUCCAAAUAAUAUUUGUAAAUACAGAAAAACACCGAUGUGAAUUCAUAGUUUGAUAAUUAUUAUACUAAUGUGUAAUCAAUAUUAAUUCCAUAUCGAUCUGAGAAAAAAUCAUGUCUCUUGGACAAAAUGUUGAAUACUCAGAACAGCUUUAACCAGGUGAAAAAUUUUAUUCAACAAAAACAUCAAUCUAAAAAAUACACCCGUCGAUUUAACAUUCUAUUCUAAAUCAACGCACAUUCUGAGUUUCUCUCAAAGUCCGUAAUAAAAAUUUCGGCAUGAACGUCCACGGAAUUAUAAAUUCUAUAACGGUGUAAAGAACAUUCAAUUUAAAAGAUUCCUGAAUUCAAUAUCUUUGCUAGCCGCUGGAUUUGAAUCUACGGAAACUGAUGAAAUAUUUUUCCAUUAAUUCUACAAACGAAAUUCUUCACCGGGAUACGUUAGCUGACACAAGAACAUUGUAACCUCUUUUCUGUACUUCGGUAGGUCUGGUACGAUCUAGAUAUUAUUUAAAUAAUCGUGCAUCUGUCCAUCGAAAACUCACCUGCAUAUAAGUCACUUAUGAAUUAUAAAUACCUGUUAGAUAUGGAUGCUAGCAUAACAUCGACACAGUGUAAUCGCCUAGCAUUAUAUUCACCCGCACACGUCGAAUAGAGCUACGUGAUCUGGGACCGGAACCGGAAGAAAUGUCUCUUGAUUUACGACACGGCGAAAUAUUUCCCAAGGCACUAUACGGCACGCUGUAUAUGAUCGCCUUUCAUAUGUAAAAUCGAUAUAAAUUCCCCUCCGUCUUCACAAUUUUUCACGUGCAGACGGAAUACCGCAACGAUGAACGCGGUGUGAAUUUCAAAAUUACAAAACUCCCUGAAAUUUAAUUUUCCGCUUAUUUCAUACAAGACUCGCCAUUUUUAAAUUUUCAUUAAACCCGAAACUUCCGGCUAACUUUGAUAGAAUUACAUGCGCCUUUUUACCCACCAGUUUAUGAUAUGCUUUCCUAAAAUUUACAUCCUAAAAAAAACAAAAAAAAUCGCCCAAUUCGAAUAUAUACAAUGAA